CCGGUGCGUGUUGCGAAUAAGACGUACAUCGGCGACAAAUAAUUGGAAAAAAAACCCCUAAAUAGAGACAAUCCGUAAUAGGAAAGGACAAUUUAGUUAACGCGUUGUACUCGACAGUGAUCAACACGUGGUUUAUCGCGAAAAUAAGUGUUAAUUCGAGCGCAUCGUUGUAAAGUGAAAAAAUGUCUGUCCUCUUGGCAGAUAUCGAUGCAACCUGCGCGGCAUUGGGUUACUCCGAUGGCCAACGUUACCAGGCCGAACCCGAUGCCAUGCAAGGCUUAAAGCAUUUGAUAUGGAUUUUACGCCGCGAUCUCGACAAUCAUGAAUACCGGCGCCACUUGGGUCAUGCCAAAGUGUUGCAAACAGACUUGGUUUAUAUGCUGCCAGAAUAUAUAAACGACGAUGAAUUCUCUGAUGUUCUCAUCCGUUUGCUUGUCAUCCUGACCAAUCCCACAUUGCUGUUGUACCGGGAUGGUCCUCCUAAAGACAAUCAUGGCCGCAAAGUGUUCAUGGAGUUGAUUGACAUACUACAGGGUUACAAAAAUGCCUUUACACGCGACAAAAUUUGGGCUGCCCUAUUUGGAAAACUUAAAACAUCACUGGAAAUUGAUUGGGCUUUGCGUAGCGAGGAGCAAAGUCUUUUAAUUGAACGUAUUUUGGUGCUGAUGCGAAACGUGCUUCAAGUGCCCGCAAAUCCUGAGGCUGAAUGUCGUGCCGAUAAUGAUGCCAGCGUACAUGAUCAGGUCAUUUGGGCGCUGCAUCAGUCGGGCAUUUUGGAUUUGGUGCUGUUUAUCAUCUCAUCACCGGAUGAACAUCAAUUCCAUUUGCAUUGUCUGGAGAUUUUGUGUCUGCUCUAUCGUGAACAGACAGCCGAGAGCCUUGCCGAUGCCUCGAUGCAACGCAGUGUCAGUGAAAAACAACGAGACGAGCAGGAACUUCUGGCAGCAAGGCGUCGAGAGAAACAACGUACAUCUGCUAAGCCCCCUCCAGGGCGACACUCACGUUUUGGCGGCACGUACGUAAUACGUAAUCUAAAAUCUGUCUCGGAUCGGGAUAUUAUCUGCCAUCAGCCGUUGGAACGUGUCACCUCGAUUGAUUUCGAUCGUGAGAAGCAGCAGCAAAAGCGUUCGUUUCGUCACAUACGUGAAGAGGCUCAGGUGAAGCGUCGCAGUGCCUUCUCUGUGCGUUUAUGUUUACGUGAAUAUUGCAUCGAGGUAUUGCGCUCUGCUUACAACACCCUGGUGCGUCAGGUGCGUCGGGUAUUGGAGCGUAACUCAUCAUCGACAAGUCACGAUGAUUCCUAUCUAUUGUGGGCCAUACGAUUCUUUAUGGAAUUCAAUCGCUUAAGUGAUAUGAAGCUGGAACUUGUCAGUGAAUCGCUGAGCGUACAAUGUUUCCAUUGGGUCCUGACACGUAUGCAACAUCAUAUGGACAUGAUUGUGAGCGACAAAAAGCAAGCUCGUCCCUGGGCCAAACGUUUACAUGUUGCACUACAGACAUUCCGUGAAUUGCUGCAGAGUAUGCUGGCAUUGCAGAAACUCAAAGAUGACAAUGCCGGAGCCCUAUUCGAUAUGCUAUUGAACAAUGUCUGCUAUGUCCUGGAGUAUCGGGAGACGAUAUUGCAUUUGUUAAUGAACUACAAUGAGACGCACAGCACCAAAGCUUAUCUACGUGAUGUUGUGGAAACUGCAAAUAUUUAUAUAAAAAUGAUGGAGAAAUUUUGCAAGGAUUCCGUGGUUGUGCAGGAUAAAAAACGCACUGUCAAACGUUCCAGCAAAAAAACGAAAAAGCCAGAAAAGUCCAAACAGGAAACCGAGGAGGAGUUAUCAAAUAAAUGGGCAGAAAUGGCAGACGAAAUGUCGCAACUUUUGGCCACGGAACUUCAAAUACCGGAAGAUGAACAGCCCAUACCAUUCGAUUCAGCUUCUGAUGUCCCCAUCGAUGAUCAAAAGGAAGAUUGUAUGAUAAGGAUUCACAAAAUGUUGCGAACUGGUAAAUUGGAUCAUGCCAUUGCAUUAAUGCGUGCUGCCAGAGAAGUGUGGCCUGACAAUGAUGUUUUCGGAGCCAUGUCAGCCGCCCCAGAAGAUGAGUUGCUGCUAAUGCGGGAAAUAUUCAUGCACAACAUCACAACAGUUGAUCCUACCGAUGAAGAUGAUGAAAAUUCAGAACCCAGUGAUGAUGAAGAAAACGAAGAAGUCGAAGAUGACCGCGUUGUGGAGAAAACUUUUAAAUUUGAUGACUUCGCCAAAAGAUUGGUGAAUCCAAAAAUAGUUCGUGCCUGUGUGGUGGUGCUUGCCGAUUGGGAACAAAUACCUACAAAAUCCCUGAAAGCAGCUGUAACCAUACUCCAUCGCAUUGCCUAUGGAUGCUCGUGUCCGGCCAUGCUUUAUCAGGCCAAGCUGUUCCGCAUAUUCCAGGAGGUUAUGAACGCUGGUCGCGAUGCACACCAUGAGGAACUACGUCGAUUGGCUGUUUUUGUUGUACGUAAAUUUGUUGAAACAGCUCCAAACAAUCCAAAAAUCUAUGCUGAGCUGCUAUUUUACAAAACAAUCAAGGAGGCCAAUGAGCUCGAAAGUGGCUACUGCGAUGCCUACGAAUCUGGCACCAAGGGCACUUGGACUGAGGAACAAGAAGCUGAGUUGCGUUUUCUGUUCGAAGAGAAUCAACGAAAUCCUGAAACUGACAAGGAUGUCAUUGAUUGGAUUUUGGACAACAUUUUGGAUAAAACGCGCACAAGACGCGGAAUUCUAAAGAAGCUGAAGGAAAUGGAUUUAAAGUUCAAAGCUCCAACAAAGAAAUCCACGGCCAAUGCUCAAUCGGGCAAAAAUCUUUGGAGAAGUGAAGAAGAUGAAGAAUUGCGCUCUCUUUAUGAUCAAUACCGCAUCGAAGAUGAUUGUCUUCAACGCAUUUUGGAUGAAUUUGAGGGUAGACGUACCAAGCAGCAGAUAAUCAAGAGAAUGCUGCAAAUCCACAUCAUAGCCGAUAAGUCAGAGAUUUUACCUCAGAAACUACCAAAGCGUCAAAAGUCAAAAAAAACUGCAAGCGAAGAAAAUGCCGAAGAAGAGUUUAUGGAAGAACCCAUCUUAGGUGGCGGUUCUGGACCAGCCAAAGCAAAACCAGCCCGGAAACCGUCUAAAGCCCAGAAGAGAAAUGUGGUUCGUACCCCUCUUGACGUUGGCACCGUCAGAGCUUUGUUGGCACAAAUCAAUGCCGAUAAAUAUCAGGAAUCUAUCGAUUGGCUUAAAGAGUGCAUUGACGAUGCCGCAGAAGACGUUGACGAGCCAGGUGAUGAAGACGAUGGCGUGCCCUUGGUGCCAUUGCAAGAGCAACAGAAAGAAGCCAUGGAAGAUGAACACUUCAAAAAAGUAUUGGUAGCAUUGGGCAUACAACCGCCCGUGCUUGGUAUGGAGACUUAUUGGCGUAUACCAACCUAUUUGAAUUCUGCUGAUUUGAAGUUAAGAGCCAAGAUUGUGGGCGGUGAAGAGAUAGAAAUUGACGUUGAUGGCAUUGAUGACGACGAUGACGAAGACAAUAAUGGCAGCGAGGAAAAUGAUAGUGAUAUUGAGGGUAGCAACACCCAGAAUGGUGAAGAAAGUGAAGAAGAUUACUUGGAAACAUUGGGCAUGGCAAAGGAGCGUCGUAAAUUGGAUAAUCUGGAAAAUUUUAGGGACCACCAGCGAGAGAAACUUAAGAAUUUGAUGUUUAGCAAAAGUGACGAAGAAACUGAAGAAAGGGUACCUUUGCAAGGUAAAAAGAAACCCAAGACUAAGAAGGCUCCAAAGGAAAAAGAGAAGCUACCGGAAUCGGAGGAUGAAGACCCUGAAUUGGUGAACGAAAUCCAAAAGAAGCUUAACAAGAAGAAACGCAACUACGAUCUGAGCAGCGAUGAGAAACCAAGCGAUACCGAUGAUACUUUUAAAAUCUCCGAAGAAAAGGAAGUGAUGAAACCGAAUACCGAAGACCUAUUCGAUCAGCUGAAGGCAAAGAGGGCCAGCAGCAAAAUUAAACUCAGUGAUAUGGUAAUAGACAAGAAGGGCACUGACAAAACCAAACCAGCUGAAGACGAGGACGACGACACUGACUUAAAUUUCAAUUCUGAGGAUUAUCGUAAACGUUUGCUUGAGUUAGGCGACGAGGAUGAUGACGAAGAUGGUGGCACAUAUGAUGCCAAGGACAAGGAGAAAGAAAAAACCCUAACCAAUCGCUCUCGCCGUGCCAAUGUAAUUGAAUCCGACGACGAUGAUGAUGAUGAUACUAUUAAAUCUAUUAAAGGGCAAAGUGACGACAAAGAUGCCGCAACUGGAAAACGUCGGCGUUCCUUUGCGGAUGACUAUGAACCUAGUGGUCAUGAUUCAGCCAAUGAAAAUGAUGAUGACGUUCAGUUUCUGGCUCGUAAGAAACCUUCGCCAGCAGAACUAGCUGCUGCUGAAACGGAUGAAAAGCCAGCUAAACGUCGUCGUUUAGCCAUUAUCGAAGACGAUGAGGACGAUUAUUGAGUAUAACGUCGGCUGCCAGCCUAUUUCAUUGUCCAAUCCGUUCUGUUUUAUUCUCUUUUUUAUGCAGUGAUUUUUUCAAUCAGUUCAACCAAUUUGCGUUGUUCCUUUUGCCCUCGAUUCUUAUACGCUACACUUUACACACCUAAUUGAGAGAAAAUUUAAAACAUGUCAUCGCAAGCAUUUAUCGCAGACCUUGUCUUUUAUCUCAUUAGACCAUUUGCACCAAUCAACGGAGUUUUCAUUGUUGUUGUUAUGACCAUAUGUCCCGAGAACGGUUGCGGAUGUUCGUCAUUUAGGCAGCACCAUUGAUAGCUGCUUACUAAUGACGGUGUCAAAGUUUUGUUACAAUUUUUCGUUUUUCAUCUAAAAACAGCAUUAUUAUCACUAUUAUUAUUCAUUCAUUGCUUUUUAUUAUAUCUUUCAAGCAUUGCUUUUAGUUGCUAAACUACUAUUCAAUUGCACUUGUUAUUGCUUUUGUAGUUCUACGUUAAAUAAAGUCAAAUAAAUCUUUGCAUA